AUGGCCAUUCCAGUCUCCCUUGCCAUUGUCAGUAACGCCAUUCUGUCCAUAGACUUUGAUGCUAUCUCGCUGUGUUACGUAACUAAUUCCUCUGCCACAUCCGAACUAAUCUUCGAUCGCCAUUAUCAGCAUGACAGAGAUAAGCCUGCCUAUCUUGCCUGCUUUCACUCGUUAGUCGAAAAUGGUCCGUAGGAGUAACACCUGGGUACAAGGCAUUGUAGGCCAAAGAUGACAGCUGAGAAACUUGUAUUUGUAUUGAGCACGGUCGCGAUCAUGUCCGACCUAGUCGGCCUCGACGAUGUUACGGCCUGCAUAUCUCCACGCGUGAGAAUCUGCAGCAGCAGCAGCAGCAGCAGCAGCAGCAGCAGCAGCAGCAGCAGCAGCAGCAGCAGCAGCAGCAGCAGCAGCAGCAGCAGCAGCAGCAGCAGCAGCAGCAGCAGCAGCAGCAGCAGCAGCAGCAGCAGCAGCAGCAGCAGCAGCUCCAACCAUUCUCUUCACUAAAGACGGAAACCAAAUACCGAGGUUCCGAGGACCAGUUCCAUGUUAUGACGGUAUGUGUCGAGCCAUUUUUUGAUUGCCCCCCCCCCUCUUCGACGCCUCUAAGUGGGUAAGGGCUCCGGGUCGAGGGCAGUAACACUGAACUCCUGAAGUGGACCACUAAGAACCUACCCAAACCACUGUUGUCGUCUUUACUGGAUGGCCGUGGUCAUCCUUGCGAUGUUGCCGCAGCGAGUGGCAACUGUCUCAUUUGAGACGCAGCCGGUGUACUUCACUCGAAGGAUCCUCCCCGAUUAGUGAUGGUCAAAUACCUUCAGUUUUUGCUCGUCCUCCACAGGCACAGUCCAACAUUCAUAACCACAGAGACAAACAGACCGGACGGAUGCACGGUACACAAAAAAUUUCAUGGCAGUGGAGACGUCGCGUAGGGCCAAUAGGCACUUUCAAAUGUUUUAUAAAACCUGGCGGGCAGCAUCGAUUCGGGAGACCAUAUCGUUCUUAGUCUGUCUAUUCGGAAGCAGCCUCGCCCCGAGGUAUUUUAAACCGUCAACAUCUUCAAGUAGACAACCAUUUAUCUCGAGAGGUGCUUUCUCUGGGUCAGGGAAACAGCUCGAGGACACUUUGAUCUUCCCAGCGUUUAUACGUAAAUCGAUGGAUUUAGGGACCUCAUUCACUCGUGACACCACAGACUGUAGAUCGCCAAAGCUUGCAGCUAGUACAGUCAAAUCAACAGCGUAGUCGAAAUCAGUCAACCGGCAGCCAGGCGCAAACUCAACACUGUCAACUUCGCGUAGGAUUUUUCGAGAAUCCAAUCAGUGGCGUAGCUGAGCAGAAUGGGCGACAGGAUACAACCUUGCCGAAGGCUAGACCGAAUAUUGAACGGCUUGGAGAGACUGCUAUGGACUAGAACCUGCGCGGUGAUUGAGCGGCAGUAAGCCUAGAUCAUGGCGAUGAUUUUGACCGGCACAUCAUCUAGUCCCAUUAUUCGUCCCAGGGACGCACGAUGAAAGGAACCGAACGCAGUCAGCAAAGAAGACGGCCGUCUGCUGUUGGCAGCUAUGGCGGAAUCCGAGAAUACAUCUUAGUGUAAAUAUCUGGUCGGCAAACCCACGCCCAGUUGAGAAUCCGGCCUGGUUGGACCUAGUCCUAAAAUCAAGUACGGCCUGAGAUCGUCUGAGAAGAACAACAGCGAAGUCCACGACAGUGACGUGGAUGAGGCUUGUGCCGCGGCAAUUCCCGCAUCCUGAAGACAGGCACAAGGAUGCCCAAACUCCAGUCACCAGGAUCGACCUCGUCUUUCCACACUUGUUCAGUCAACUCAUGGAACCAGGGCGCCAGAAUGUCAGCACAUGACUUUUCGAUCUCAGCGGAAAUACCGCCCUCUAUGGACAGCCUCUGCACUGCAUAAGCGAAUUCUUCAGGUCGCAUGACAUUGCAUAGGCUGGAGAGGGAUAGAGCUCCGCUGCAGUGGAAAGCGAGGGUGUGGUAGGUCUCUCAUAAAAAUUGAAAUGCUCGAAGUGCUCACGGUAAAGAUCGAUCUUGACCGAGUUGUUAGCAAUAAAGCCGUCAUUCACAGUGUGGACAGGGCCAUUAAGUGUCUCGCUCUUACCUCUGACCUGGCGGAUAAUUUGGUAGUUUCCGAGUGUCACCAAUGUUUUAGGCCUGCUUUAUGGAGGUCGCUGUUCCAGGUUUAUAUUUUUGCCGGUCACCCCUAGCCGGCAUUGCUGUCAUUUUCCGGAGUUGGCAGAAUGAAUCAUCAUUAUGAGACCUGGCUCGAGCGGUUUGAGCAGACAACUGUAGGGUUCUUCCACUGAUCUAGUCAUUGUGGCGUCGCCGGGUAUAUCCAAAAAUUUUCUCAGUCGCCCCAUAGACCGAUGGCUUUGGUAAUGACCACUGGUUACCGCCUUCUCCGUCGGCUCAGGUCGUAAAACGGGUUAGGAUUUCUCUGCCCAGGGCCUCCGCAAUACUGGGCUGUUGAGGUUUGCCGAUAUCAAAGCGUCUUGUACGCGGCUUUUUGGGCGCAUUUGAGAGGCGAACUUCCAAGCGCGUGCGAACCAGAACAUGAUCUGACCAGUGUGCGUAACCAAUUUCAGACCAACGCAUCGAUCUAAUAUCGUGAGUUGAGAUGCGGGACCUUGAACCGACUAGAAUCUAACCGAUCUGACUGGCCGUAUGACCAUCGUUUAAGUACCGGGUCAGCACAUGUCUGUGGCGAUGCUGGAAGCACGUGUUGGUGACAAGCAGUCGGCUCUGAUCAGUAAAGCUCAGCAAUCUCUCGUCAUUGUCGCGUCGCGAACCAAGCCCAAAGUGACCAAUAAGGCGACUGAAGAGUCGCUACGUGCAGUUCGGUCAUUCCAGUCCCCGACGACAACCAGCAGCUGCAACUAAAAUCUUUAUCCCGAUUUUUGGCGGCUGAUGUUGUUUCUUACACGGAGACAACAAUGAUGUUCUUAAUUUGAAUGUUUGGUAACACAUAGGCCAUCUGGUCAUUGACUGGUUCCGAUGCAAGUAGUAAACCGUUCGUUUCUUGUGAGGGGACGAUGGCCAGAGAAUAGUCGUGUGGUACAGGGUGAAGUGGGAGUUGACUCCCGAUGUCUUUAUUUCUCUCGCGCCUAAGCCGGGAUUCGGACUUCAGACAGACAGCAGACAUUCACGUUGUGCUGAUAAAGACUGCGCGCCGUCGGACUUUGGGUACUGAGACCCAAGAACGUUCGCACAUUUAAGCAAUCAAUACCAAGACACCGUUCCUGAUUGAGUAGUCCAGCUCGCUUACUAUUCGCUCGCACCACUGGACCAGAGUUGCGGAACGCGCUGGUCCCCUCGGACGCCGUAGUACUAAAUGUAAUUCUGUAGUCAGGUAUUUUCCUGGGGUUUCUUGGGUACUAUGAGUUCAGACGGGUCCCCAACAGCCGCUGGGAUUAUUUGCUCGAGGUUGUCUCCUCUAGCGUUUUGAUCCAAGAAUCUAAACACAAGGCAGCAGGGGCAAGCGGACCUAUCUACUUAAUGACGAUAAUGGAUGCGUCGGGUAGCCAGCAGCUGAGACGUAGGGCUGUCCAGUUGUAGGUCCACGUGAAGAAGAAGGUAGCUUUACUUGCUCCCAGGUGUUGACUCCGACCGGCGUCCAUUAACUGGCACCCAACUCUCACUCUGGCAGCCUGGGGUGUUUGUUCCCUUUUAGAUAAUCCGAGGAGCAACCGACCGUAACGGAGGCCGACUCAAGUUGCUCGAGAACUGGCGCGCCACAAAGUAGACAUCGUUGUCCUCAGCGAGACCCGUUUCCCGCACAUUGCCAAAUGAAGGAUGUGGGUACCGGCUACACCUUCUAAAGCCGCCGGCCCAAGGCAGAGUGACGAAAUGUGGGCGUCGCCUUUGCCAUCCGAAACGACAUCGCGGGACGCAUACCCUGUCUGCCGCAGGGCAUCAACGAUCGUCUGGUGAGCCUCCGCCCGCCUCUCUGGGGAGGUAAAUUGGCCACCAUCAUUAGCGCCUACGCCCCAACAACGACCGGCUCAGACGAGGCGAAGACAAAGUUCUACGAAGACCUGCAAGCCCUCCUGACAUCUAUGCCGAGGGCGGAUAAGUUGAUUAACCUUGGUGACAUCAAUGCACGCGUCGGGAUAGACCGUGCUGCCUGAGGGAGUGCUGGGCUCUCAUAGAAUAGCCAGCUGUAACGACAAUGGCCGCCUUCUCCUACGGACGUGCGCUGAAUACUGCUCCCUGCUGACCAACACAUUACUUCGCCUCCCAAUGCGGAGGAAGGCCACCGCGGCGAUGGCAGCUGCUGGACUAUGUUCUCGUUCGGUGGCCAGAUCGACAGGACGUUAUGGUGACUAAGGCGAUCAGAGACGCCGAUGGCUAGACGAACUACCGCCUCUUCAUCUCCAAGAUGAAGCUCUGUCUGCAAGCCCGCAGGAAGCCACAAGGUAAGUGACCCCCAGGUAUACUGAAUACUGCUUUGUUGUCUUGGCUUGCUCACCGUUUGCAUUUCAGCAAUCAACUGAUCCAGCGACUGGACGACCUGACAGUUGCAGAUAAAAACGCCUCCGUGGAGACUCGAUGGUGUUAAGUACGGGACCCUCCCAACUCCUGCGUCGACCACAGCGAAAAGUUCCGCCAACAGCCGCCCCAUCUGCCCCCGCAUGAGCCUGUUGGGCCACAUGCGCAUUCAAGAGAGCCCGCAGUAGACAACCGCCGGCUAUACCGCACCAGUACAUCUCCCAUCACCAUCUACAUAACACGUCCACAUCACCCAUCGACACACAACGUAAGCACUAAAUUGACACUACUCACUUAAGUGGAAGGUGUGAUUCGCAGUUCCUUCUCAAUGUGGCUGUAUGCUGCAUGGUCUGAGCCUGAGACUAUUACGAGGCGCCAAGCUGCCGAUUGACACCUCAACUCAGUCCACGCAGUCUCCCUAAUUAUUUGUGUUCGUGUGGAGUGACGGACUGGUGAGCUGAGUGACAGGCUGCAAAGGCCUCUUAACGUGACUUAUAGCACUCUCACGCUGUGAGGUGUGUGUGUGUAUAUGGGUAAUGCCUCUCAGCCGAUGACUGGUUGGUUACGCAGCCUUUGAUGGGUGACGGCUCAGGCUAGAUGCAGACAGCUGAGCUUCGCUGGUCAGAACCGACUGCUUGUCAUCAACACGUGCUCCCAGCAUCGCAAAAAAUCUGCCGACCUGGUAUUCAGACGACUGUUAUACAACCAGUCAGAUUUACUACAUACUAGUUAGCUCAAGGUUCCGCAGCUGGGUUCACGAUAGAAGAUCGUUGCGUGGUGCCGAGACUGGUAACGCCCAUGGGUCGCACCAUGUCCUCGUUCGUGCACGCUUGAAUGUCCACCUCUCAUCCGCUCCAAAAAUGCCACGUCGUAAACGCCUCGAUGACGCAAAAAUCCGGCAAACCAGCACUGCUGAGCCCCUGGGUAGAUAAAUCCGGUGCUUUUUACGACGUGAGUCGACAGAGAAGGCAGUAACCAGUGGUCGUCACUAAAAACGUCAGUCUAUGGGGCAGCCGAGAGAAUCCUUGGAUAUAUCCAGCGACGCCGCAGUGACUGGUUCACCUGAAGAACCCUGUAGUUGUCUGCUCAGGCGGCUCGAGCCAAGUCCCGUAAUGAUGAUUCCUUCCGCCAACUUCAGACGACGGCAAAGUCGGCCAGAGAUGACCGGAAGCAAUAUCGGGCCGAAAUAGCGACCUCAACGGAAAAGACUUCCAACGUUGGCGACAUUCGAGAAAUAUGCCAAAUUAUCCGCCAAGUUAGUGGUAAGUCCUCUGCACUGAAUGACUCAGUUCGCGACGUGCAUGGCGGCUUUAUCGCUGAAAAAUCAGCCACAGUCGAGCGUCUGCGUGAGCAUUUCGAGCACCAUCUCAGAUUCGAUACCUAACUCACCACACCCUUGUCCUUCCCUGCAGCGGAGUUCCUUCCAUCUCCAAACUAUGCGGCGCCAUGCGACCCCACUUCUGAAGGAGAGUUCGCUGAUGCCAUACGAGAGAUACGCAGCAACAAAGCACUUGGAGAGGACGGUAGACCAGCUGACGUCUACAAGGCUUGUGUCGACACUGGCGCCCUUGCUUCAUGA